AUGCGUCGCUCACGUCGCCUGCGCAGUCACGAAAAUGCCCUCGAUACCCCUUCCAUCAAGCGGCACAAAUUGAUUGAAAAUAAAGAACCGAAGCAAACAACAGCUUUUGAUACUCUCCAGCGACAGUCGUGGAAUGGAUUUCUAGCAAAUAAGUGUUGUUUCAAAGCUCCUAGUGAUUUCUUUGACGUCUUUGCACUGGCAUUAAACCUACGACCCGAAUGUCCAUGCGAAGCUUUUAGAGAAACGCUGGGGAUUCAGCUCUGUGGACCAUUUGAUUUAUUGGCAGCAUUCGAUCAGAAGGAGGUGACAAUUGACAAACCUCUGUAUCUACAUGGACGCUUCUUCUUUGAUCCUCCAGAGAUUGUUACUGUCAUGAUGGAUAUUGACAGUGAGGUGGGUCGACACUGGGGGUACUUUAGAGAUGCACCUGAUCAAGUACCAGAGUAUGUUGUGUGUGCUGCGACCAGUCGGGAGUGCAAGUUUAACAUCGUCAGCACAAGUCUUUUUCACGUACUGAAGAGUAGAUUGGAAAAACGUCGAUCGGCUCUCGGGACUGGCGGUGCAGCUGGUCUACUCGAGAAAAUCAAGGCUUACUGCGACGAGAAAGCGUGUACUGGAGGACAAUCAGAGGCAGCACUUCGGACUAGAAGAGCGAAGGAAAGCGUUGCUGCGUCGCUGCAUCAACUUGGCAUUGUGGUUCCAAUGGACAUCAAGAGGAACACAGGUUACCGUGAACUGCCUACCACUGGAAAAGACCUUGCAGACCUGCUUGAUCAACUGAAGCAAGAUGCUAGCAAGAAAACGCCGGCGCGAAAGAUGCUGUGUGACCUGAUCACACGCGCUACGAUUGCCAGUGAUGAGUGCGACUUUGGGACGGGUCUCUUGCUGGGCCUUGACAUCUUUACCGCUGGUUUGUGCCUUGAGAAGGAAGCACUGCAACUUUUACGUGUUGCGUACAUGCUACUGCAUCGCGACAACUUUUACAAAAUCGCAUCAGGGCACUGUGAACACCGCAUUGGCGAUGAUCGAAAUGCGUACAUCAAUUUAAUUGUGCAUUUGGAUCCCAAUGCUCGAAAUGAGCAGUCAAAACAGGUGACAGUGAGGCUCCCACAACCUCUUGUUGCUAUGGAAAAAUGA